CCUGCAGUAGCACGCUAAUCAUGGGAAUCGAUAUGAUGAAUACAAGUACAUUGAUGGCCCAUGUGUACCCAGCAAUGCAAGCAUGGUGGUCAACAACAGCACUGUGAUUGAUGUUGCCUACCAUGAUGAUUUCCUCUACUUGGCCUUGGUUGGCCAGGAGCUCGAUGGUUCCAUCCCACCAGAGAUCACCAUGUUGACAUCUCUAAAAAUGAUCCAGUUUGAUUCCACAACAAUGGAAGGUCCCUUUCCCACCAUCCUGGCCAACCUCACAGGCCUACGGGAACUACACAUCUACGAUACUGCCUUUACCGGAACCAUUCCAACCGAGCUUGCCCUACUUAGCGAACUGCGAACUUUGAAUAUUGGGGGUACAACGGAGAUUUGGGGUACCUUGCCUUCUGAGUUUGGCUUGCUUUCUAACCUCAAAGUGCUAAAUAUUGCCGAAACCAAUAUUUCCGGAACUAUUCCAAUGGAAUACACUCAUUUGUCCCCAUGGAUAUUUCGGAUCUUCCGAAAUUCCCUUACUGGCACUAUCCACACAGAGUUUGGGCUGUUCUCCGAUGUUGAGUGGUUCUUCAUUGAACAAAAUGACCUGAUCUAUUUGCAAACAAAUUCCUUGACUGGAACCAUCCCCACAGAGCUGGGCAUCCCCACUGAAAACUUCUGGAGACUUGCUGUCAGCAGGAAUCUUUUGAGUGGUACGGUUCCCAGUGAGCUAGGACUUCUCACAAAGUGCCACAACUUGGCAACCCAAGCCAAUCUGCUCACUUCGACAAUUCCGACAGAGGUUGCUGCCCUGCCAGCAAUGGAGUACUUUUCCAAUUCGGACAACAUGUAUUCUGGAAUUUUCCCCAUGGAGCUCUUUUUCAGUGGCAGCAAAAUGGUCCGUUUCUGGUUUGAGAACAAUGAAAUCUCCGGAACUAUCCCAACAGAAAUCGGCUAUUGGACUAGCUUGUGGAACUUUCGACUUGAUGGAAAUUGGAUUACCGGCAAAAUUCCAUCAGAAGUUGGUACCCUGGAAUCAAGGCUUGAAUACUUCAAUGCUGGCUCAAACCAGUUAUUUGGGGAGAUCCCAUCUGAGAUUGGGAAUCUGCUCAAGCUCAAAGAGUGCUCUGUUGGCGACAAUGGCUUGACUGGGACUCUGCCAAAGGAGCUAGGGUUCCUUGUAACCCAUGGGACCUUGAAGCACCUUAACAUUUCCAAUAAUGAUGGGCUGUUUGGAACCAUCGGAUCUGAGCUUUGUGCGUUGACCGCUGACCCUGUUUUGAGUAAUGCUCUGGAUUUCACUUGUGGGGAUGUUUGUGGGUGUGAUUGCCCUUGUGACAAUGCAUCGUCACUUGUAUUGUAUGGUCAAAAUGGUACAGUCCUGGCAGAAAUGAAGAGUUAG